GUUGUUUGGUAGAGUCGCUACGUUCAUGUAUAAGCAGUUUAUGCUUUCAAUUUGAAACGCGUGAGCUUCUUCCUGUUUGUCUGUAUGAGCCUUACGUGAAUGGACAAGUAGCCUACCUGUAUAAGGUUGGCCGAGUUGGAAGGCUCUGUUCUUUACAUGUUUUUUUAUGGUCAAAACAGUCCACAAGUGUAAUGGUCAGCUCCAACUUGCCUUUGUGCUUGAUCCUGGCGCCAUGUGACCUAUUCGGGUGCAGAUGGAAUCCAGUUGGCAACCGACGUCUGUUGGCACAAAAUGCUUCCAGAGUUGCAGCCGUCAUAUGGGAGGAUGGGAAAGUAAUCCUCAUUAGCCGGGGUCUAGAAUCACCGUCCUUCUUGGCUGGUCUCGUCACAUGUUGAGUCAGUAUGUUUUUGAGCCUCAAGAACUGCUUGAUGAGUUUCCAUUCCCUAAUAUCAGAGUUUGCUUGACUAGGGUCCGUGUUUUCCGGUACAUCUCGCACAAUUAUGUUUCUUCCGCGGAAAAACUUCUCGCGAGAAUCCUUAGGGAUGUUCCGGAUGAGAUUGCGCUCAGACUACGGUAUGUCGGACGGUAUUCCUACGUUUCCAUCGGAUUUCAAUAAAUAACUAGCUAGCAGGACAUCCUCUACGUCGAUAGAAUUCUUAAGUGUUACACGAAGUAGCAUUGGGUGAUUUUGAUGCUUAGAUUUCUUUCCCUGAGUGGGCCGUGCGACACUCAAAGGCUCUAUUCUUGGAAGUUCAAUCUUCUUGUUCAAUUCUCCCCAGAGCAUUCUGUCAUUUCUGACCUGCAAACUGAGAGGAAGGUCAGGGUUGUCUUUGAGGUUUAUGUUUAUGAGAGAGUCAUCACCAACCGUUAUUGUUUUCCCGGGUCUUCCAGGGAGUUCGGGUUCAGCAUCUUGUUGUUUGGUGGUCGAAACACGUUUCUUAAUACUAGGCUCUUUGAUGACCGGACGGACAUUCUCGGGGUAGACUGUGCGAGCAACUCACCAGAUGAUUUCCGAACAACACUUGGGAUGUUCAGCUUAGAUGGUGACGCCUGGUCUUCUUUGGCUCUGUUAACGUGGGUCCAACCACUCACAGAGUUUAUGGAAAUCACUAUUGCAUUCAAGGACCCUGGGCUGGGAGACCCCAGCUUGCUCAGGAAUUCUAUUACCGUCAGCGCAGUGGUGGUGCUGAGUUUCAUCAUGUCAUCACUAGUGCUUAUGCGUGCUCCAUCGAUAGUAGACCUCUCGACAUCCCUAUUCUUGUUUCCGUUGCACGCCCUUGUCUGUCUCCCCGUUUUAUGACUGUCUUUUUCCAAGUUUGCUGACAACUUAUUCCGCAGACCUGUCAAUAGGACAAUGAUGUCACUCAGGAAAACCACAGCAUCCGUGUUGCACGUAACACAUACCCACUUAUUAUCCGACUUGCUGAGUCUGUUGUAAGCAGUUGCUGUGAGAUCUGUGUACGCUUCGUGGAACCAACCUUCGCAGUUGUCGCACUGCAUGUCAGAUGUGACAGCAAAACGGCAUCCAGGUCGUUUGCAUGAAUCUUUCAUGACUGUAUUGACGUGAGCUGUAUUAUAGGUGCUAGCAAAAGCAUAAGACCGUUCAAAAAUACACUAAAAAGCGCACUAAAGACGGGCAAAAACGGAUAAAAACUGAUGAGAAAAACUGAACAAGCCUUUACGUGAAAAACUGGAAAAAAACCGAGUAGUAAGCUAAGGCAAAACCACAAUUUAUUAUUAAAUUGGGUGAAACUCGAAAAAAAGUAAUCUACCAAACGUAUAGCUCAGAAUAGGUCCUUUAGAUCAGAAAUGGUACUUUUGUUGCUUAAGGACACAACAAAAGUAUGAGAAGUGCAAAUCUCUUUAGGACUAAGCUUUCCUUUUUAAAAGCGCUCGAAUAGAUUCCAGAAGCCUAAAGGAGGGGGGUAGCUGUUGUGUUGUCGUGAGUGAGCACAUGUCAGCCCAAUCCAGACCUAACGUCUGAAAAGAAAAUAUAAAAGAUAUCAUACAUUCUGAAUCCUCAGUAGGUUGGACAAUAGAGAUAAAAUCCCCAGCUGAAAGAGCUUGGGAUGUUUUUGGAACUUUGUACUUAAAGGUCACUGCACUCCGCAUCCCUCGGACCAAACCAAAGGGUCCGAGAAACUCCCCACCAUGGUUCAGGACGGCCCUGUCUUCAAAAUAGGUACGAAGCAUAAACAUGAGAACUACCGACCUGUUAGCCUGAUGAGAGUGGAUGUUAAAGUUUUAGAAAAGAUUAUUCGGAAGUUACCUAUAAACGUAGGCUACGAUGACUUCAGCACAUCUUUUCACAAAGUUCCUCACAACCGGCUGCUAUAAAAGUUAGGAAAUAUCGGGAUUAGAGGCAACCUCUUGAUGUGGAUAAAAGACUUCCUAGCUGGGCAUCAACCAAGAGUACGGAUGAAUUCCAAGUUGUCCAGCUGAGAAACUAUGCUUGGCGGAGUGCAUCAGGGUAAAGUUUUGGAGCCACUGUUAUUCUUCUUAUAUGCAAAUGACUUUCCUCGUUCCCUCUCAUCAUUGGUUCUGCUAUAUGCUGACGAUGUAAAGAUAUAGAGAGCCAUAAGAAUUAAAGCUAAUAGCUUAGAACUUCAAAAUGACCUGGAGAAAUUAUCUGAAUGGUCUCAAAGUUAGCAGUUGCCGACAAAUGCUUCUAAGUGUAUCGUGAUGCAUACUGGUGAUCAAGAUGCAGAUACAUACAUGGGAAAUAAUAUUGGGCUACCUGUUGUUGACAUAGGAGUCGUCGUUAGCCAAGACCUAAACUGCCGUGCAAUAGCCACAAAGGUUUUGGAACCCUAUGAUCAAUAAGUAAAGCCCUUAUCCAUGUUGACGCUUAAGCUUUUUUGACGUUGUGUGCAGUGUUCGAGCUCCUAAGCUCGAGUACUGCAUACAACCGGCUAGCCCCUGCUCAAAAAGGGCAGAGAACUUUCGAAGAAGGUUCAGAGAACCGCAGUUAAGCUGAUUCCCGGAAUAGCAAAGCUCCUGCAUGAUAACAGCUUGACUAAACUAAACCUAUUCCUAAUGACAUACUGAAGAACCAGAGGGAACGUGAUCACAGAUUUCGAAUUACUUAGUGAUAAAUUCGCGUCUGGCGUGCCCUCAUUUUUCUCGUCUUCCAAAUUUGAGAGUUUACUAUGGCACUCUUAAAAAGUUCACAAGCCCAGGACAAGUUACUUGUCAGCUGACUAUCGAUUUUCCUACGAAUCAACAACGAGUGGAAUUCAUUAAAUCAGCACGUCGUUGAGACUUCAUCCGUCGACUCUCCAAAAAAAGUUGGAUCACCUGAGAGACCGCCAUUGUCAGGAUAAACACAAGCUACCCGGCCACUUGUUUUUUGCAAACUGAAGCUAAAUUUGUGGAUAUUGAAAGCAAUACUGUAAUGGCAACAUUACGACAUGUUUGGUACCUAGAUGAUUAAUUGUCCCUCCUCACGUUUCAUUCCAAAGUUUAGAAAACUUAAAAGGAACAAUAAUCUGUUAACGACUCAGUCUAUUGUAUUCUUAGUUACCUCAUAUAUUUUUAUUUUCUUUAUACUAAGAAAUAUGACAAUUUAGCAUUAUCAUCCCGCUGAGCUAACACGAAAAUUACUCACAAAAAGGUGUUGUGUGUCCUGCCUCAUGCAGUUGUCCUUUGGACACUGCGGGCAAGCUCUCAGGUCACUAAGACCAACUCUAACCCAAUCUCCUCCCCAGGUACCUCCAGAAGAAUCCUUCAACUGUGUGUGCAACCGGGAAGUAAAAACCGCCCUCAUACCUCUGACAGCACUCAAGACCACUGUAUUCACAAUCAAUCUUCCUCUUCGGUUCCUAUUAUUCCUCCUCAAGUGUCACCAUGGCCAACGAUUCUAGUGCGCAAAGUACUCUCUCAAGUCUACAGAAACCUGGCUCCAAACUACACAUUAGGGCCUUCAAUGUACGUACCCUGUGUCAAACCGGCCAGCAGGCCUCCUUGUCUAAGAACCUAGAAUCUCGUACGAUUGAUGUAUUGUGUGUCUCCAAAAUACGUAUACAGUAUGCUAAUGUGGUCAUUGACUUGACCUCACCUCGCGAAAACAGAGAGCCUACCAGAUUCACCCUCCGUCUAUCUGGCGACAUGAUGGCUAGUUCUCAUGGACUGACGGGUGUAGGCAUAGCAGUAAGUAUGAAGGCAGAAGAGGCACUGUUAGAAUAGAUUGGCAUUAACAGUCGCCUAUAUGCUGUUCGGCUAAACGGCUCCGUAAGAACUCCGAGGGGUAGGGGCGCGUGGCGUUGCGUUUCCUUCAGUUCUGCCUACGCUCCCACUAACUGUAGCUCGAGCAAAGUGAAGGAUGAAUUUUACAGAGAGCUUCCCGAAGUUCUUCAAAAAUCUAAACACGCAGACAUAGUACUCGUAGUAGGUGACUUUAAUGCCCAAGUAGGUAGAUUAAACCAGAUGGAAAGGCAUUUAGGUGGAUAUUUUAAUAUUCUGGCUCAGCGAACAGAUAAUGGUGAUCGUCUACUGCAACUGUGCUCAGACAAUCGUUUAUUUUUAACAAGCACCAAUUUUAAGCAUAAGGAGAGGCAUCGUCUAACAUGGUGACCCCCUUCACCAAACUAACAAUGGUCUGAAAUAGACCAUAUUACCAACAGUCAUCGUUGCAGGGGCUCAAUAGAAGACUACCUCUCAUUCUGGAGUACUUGUUUAGACUCUGAUCAUGCUGUAAUGCGAGCACGAAUUUGCUUGCGUCUACCUGGGCUCAGAAAAGCCAGAUUAAGAAAACGCAUUAGAGUUGAACUGAGUGACGAGAAAACCAAAAGUAGAUUUAAGGAACGCCUGAGGUGACACCUAGGUAGUUGUGAAAACGAGGCUGACCCAGAUGUUGCUUAGAAAGAUAUACGAACAGUUGUGAAAACAGCAGUGACAUCUGUUAGUGAUUUGAACCCAAAUGGUUAAGAAGAGCUAGUGGAUUUCUGUAACAUGUAUUACACUGAUAGACUCUCGUAAACUCAUCUCAUCAGGCCCCGAACCAAAAGUCCACGGAACGAUCGUGAGCAAUGUCGGGCAAUGAAAACAAAGGAGACGGAAAAAGCGACUAGGUUGACUAAUAUUUUAGCUCAAAUCUGGGAGUUGGACGUAAUCUCAUCUGACUGGUCACAAUCACUGAUUGUCCCAAUACAUAAGAAGGAGUCAAAAUCAUCCUGUGAUAACCAUAGUGGGAUUAUUUUGUCCAAUAUAGCAUCUAAAAUACUAACCUCAAUAAUUAUCGGACGCCUAAUAAAGACUCGUGAACUGCAAACACGGGAAAAUCAUGCUAGCUUCAGACCUGGUCAUGGCUGCAUUAACCACAUAUUCGCCAUUAUUCAGAUCUUAGAACACAAGUAUGCUUACCGGCCUCUGACAAUUGUGGUCUUUCUUAACUUAAAAUCAACAUUUGACUCUGUAGACCGAGAGGUUCUGUAGCAGUGUCCGUCAUUUUAAGGUGUAUCUUAAAAGUACAUAAACCUUGUGAAGGCUCUUUACUGGAACACUACUAGUCGAGUCAGAGCUUAUGGCGACUUGUCUUCUGAAUUUGGUAGUACACAGAUGGUCGUCUGUAUUGCAUUGCUACUCAUUUUUCUCGCAACCAAAAAGUUUCUAAAGCGCUACUCAUGUUCUGGUGUUUAUAAGGGAUUUAUUUCAAUGUGACUAUGGAGUGUAGAACUUUAACAAAUAUCUCAAUAGGGGUGGUGAAAGUGGGUUUUUAGACACUGAUGAGUCAUCUACAAAAAUAGUAAGGUAUUACUGGAAUCACGUAAAAACUGGCCAAUUGUUGGAAACAUGAACCUGUAUUUUAUUAGCUAUUUAUACUAAAGAUGUCCACAAUAAUUGAAAACAGUAUGCAUUGCAAUCCAUCAAGGUGCACUGACUGAUAAGCCUCCAAGUUACAACGUUUUUAACCACUGUAUACUUCAUUGUGAUGUUUUUUUUAUAUUCUUAAGUAUUUCUUAUCAAGUACUAACUUUGUAAAUUAAGGUUUUGACUUUACAAAACUCUAGGUCUCAGGUCUCUAUGGAAAGAAAGUAAGGAAUGAGAUGUACCGUCUGAUACGUUGUCCUCUGACUACUAAAAGAAUAUCAUUUCUCAAUAGUGUUAUUUCAUUUGCAAUGGGACGUCCACUUACUACGGACACAAUAGAUUUAACACCAUUUCCUGAGUUAUAUACUAAAGAGAACAUCAUUUUACAUAAAAUUUUCAACAAGUAUGGGUUUGAGCUACGUAUCGCCGGAGGCGCAGUACGUGAUAUUUUACUAGGAAUUUCUCCACAUGACAUUGACUUCGCAACAAACGCUACUCCACCUCAGAUGUAUGAAAUGUUUUCCAAGGAAGGAAUUCGAAUGCUGAAUAGAAAUGGAGAAUCACAUGGAACUGUUACAGCCAGAAUUAAUGAUAAGGUAUAGUUAUAUUCACAUGAAAUGUUUAUUUAACGUAUUUUCACUUGUCUUACCUAUAAAUAGGUUUAGUAUGACUUGACAUAUUUUGUAGGUACAAAAGUUCUCCAUUAAUAUUUUGUUUUGUAACUAGGUGAUACAACUUUAGUCUUUCAUUUUCUGCCUGGACAUCAUUAUCUCUCAUACCUAUCACCAUAUAUGUUUAUUACUAAGUAACCAGAAGUUUAGGCUAGUUGGUUAAAGGAAUUGACUCCCACAAUUAAGAUAUAUAUUAGGACCUUGAUCUGUCUACUUCGGUUUGGGCACCCGAGUUAUUUAAUGAGUCUUCAUACGAAGCGUAUGUGGUUCAAAGCCUAGUACAUAAACAGUUGCUUGAUGGAGGAGCUACAUCAGAUUGAAAUUUGAUCUAAAGAAACAUUUGGAUGGUUCCCCAGUCCUCUGUAAAGGAAUCUGGGAUCGCAAUAAUACUUAUAAAUACUAUUGAUGGUAGUUAUAAACGUUUGUCACUUCCUGGCGAAUUUGAAUGGCUCAUAGAUAAGUUUAACAGAAGCUUGAUAUUAACAUGGUUGUCAUUCUUGCUUUCAUCACUGAUGUCACCAGUCAGCUUAUCCUAAAUUACUAAAGGCUAAAUCCAAUGUAACCACAGUUAAGAAAUGUAGGUUCCUGAUACACACAGAGCAGCGCAUUUCAACACAGUUAAAAAUACAGAAUUUCUUAGACGACUAGCGAAUAAAAACGUCAUAGUUACCGUCAACUACAUUUCAUUUCUUAUUGAUCUAACCACAGCCUAAAUAAGUUAUCUUCGGAUGCUAGUACAUGCAACUGUAUGUAGUUACUGAGUUGCAUUGAAAAAUAUUUUUGGGUAUAUAAAUAAGGUAAAGUACCUAUAUAUUGGUCUUAGUCGUUAAUAGUUCCAGGUUAUGAGACAUAACACCCAUCUUUUGGUUAAGUUAAAUCCAGUGCAUUAUCUGGCUUAUUUUUUAAAAGUCGUGGGUCCGUAAUAAACUCAAACCGUAUAAAAGUUUACUAAGAAGGUUCCAAGUCUAGAAGCAGUUUUGCCAGUCAGAUAUUUGAUGGUCAAAUGCCUAUCUGUUCAUGCUUCUCAACUUUGUUAAAAAAAAUUCUAGCUACAGUAUGUCCCUAUCAUAAAUACGUACAGCUCUAAAUUUGUUUGUGUUGUCAUAGGUUAGUAAAUUUACACAACAAUGCCACUAAAUUCUCAUUUUAGCAGUACUUUUUUUAUAAAGAUCGAUAUUCGGUUGGUAUGUAAUGUAACUGAAUAAAAGGUAUGUUGCAAUGAACUUUGUUUGAUAUUCUGUUUUCAAAAUUAACCAUCAGAGAACUCUCAAAUGAAGCUUAACUUUACAUACACCACAAUAUUCUUGUAAUUCUCAGACUGAAUUAAACAUUCUUGCUGUCAUAACUAAUAAUUCGUUAAACUAAUUGCUUUUCAUCUGUAUCCAUGGUGUACCACCCUUGUAAGUCACACUGUAUAGUAGGAUAUGGAGCUUUUUUUACAUCGAUGCAUUAAAUAUGGGUUUUUGGUCAAUUAACUAGUAGUAACCAACAUUAGGACCUGACAUAAAUGCCCAUCCACCCAAGUUACCACACCAUGUCACAAGGAGAUGAAAUCGCUAAGGAAUCGGAAUGAUUGAAAAAGACUAAACAGUGAAUACAUUAUACAUUUCGGUCGAAGUAAUAUUGUCAACAAAAUUCAUGAAACGGAUAAAUAUUCUAGCUGAGCAUAUGAACCUAUAUCUAUUUCUACAAAUUUAGAUGAAAUUAAGUUAAAAUAAAUGUUUUCUUUUUCCAGGAAAAUUUUGAAGUUACCACUCUACGUAUUGAUGUUGUCACAGAUGGAAGGCAUAGUGAAGUUGUCUUUACAAAUGACUGGAAGUUAGAUGCUGAAAGAAGAGAUCUUACAGUGAAUUCGAUGUUUCUAGGUGUUGAUAUGCAGGGGUUAUUUGAUGAGGCUAAUGAAGCAACAACAGAUUCUUCCGCAAAUGAAAAUAAUACAAGUAAUAAACAAAAAGUGUUAGGACAUUUAUGGGAUUAUUUUAACGGUUGCGAUGACUUGAAAAAUCAUCGCAUACGAUUUGUAGGGGAUCCAGAUGCUAGGAUAAAAGAGGAUUACUUAAGAAUGCUAAGAUAUUUCCGAUUUCAUGGUCGUCUGUCAACAGAAGACACAUAUGAUAGGCAUGAUGAAGAUGUGUUGAAGGUACGGAUCACUUUUUCGAGUGAAUAUUUGUAACAUUUCAGUUUUUUAGUGGCAUCGUUUAACAACUUUACGUUUUCUUUCUGGUAGGGAUUAUUCAUUUCGUUUAAUAACUUUGGUAACAUACUUAUAUUCCCUUAGUAUAUGUACUGUUUAUGAAUUAUCAAAGUAUUUUUACUUCGGAAAGUUCAGAGUUAUACUGAACACUAUAAAGUAUGUUAUCUGUCAUCUGGGUUUUGUCAGAGUAUCAAAAUGUCAGAUAUGGAACAGCUUUAUUGAUAUUUGGUUUUUAAUAAGUCACUAAAUUAGGGUCAGUGCAUGUUUUGAAUUAACGGUAGAGUAUUCAUUCUCUGCGUCUACCCUGAUUUCCAUAGUUGCCAUCUCAUUCUCAUUAGAAAUUUAAAAAAUUAAAUCCGAGAAUUUUUCAUGCGUCUAGUUCUCUUUGUAGCUUUGAACGAAGUAAUGACAAUAAACGGCUUGUAUAAUAAGAUUAAUUCAUUCUAUUUCAACGUUUCCCACUAGUUGUGACCAGCAUGAAUUUACAGAUAACAGGAUUAACAGCAAAACUUGAGAAAUUUUAGUUGAAGUUGUGACAAAGGUACGCGAUACAAACUCCCCCAAAAAUAGAUGGAUGAGAGUAUUCUUAAUACCACUCAUAUUGGCGUUUCAGAAAUACCUAAUUUUUUUUGUUCUCUAAAUGACUAUUCAGCCGUUAAGUGAAAAAAGUGGGGCAAUAUUAAAUGUACAAUUUUAACGUCAAGCUUUUCCAACCAUUUAUUUUAGAUUAUGAAUAUUAAAGAUCCCAAGCAAUUUACAGAUGUACUGUGCACCCCUUUCCUUAGGAACUAGCAGUAGUAGUAAUAGUCUAACAUUGAAGACGUCUUAUUGAAAAAAAAGAAGCUCUACAUAUAACACUAAGAUGGAUUCAACUGCGUCGAAGGUGCUAGAAGUUGCGAAAUAAUCUGUUAGCCCCAUUCACCUGAAGAUGGAUAUUAAACAGGGACUGUGUUCAAAAAGACAUCAAUAUCUAGCAUUUAACCAACAACUUGUUGAACGUGUCAUGCGACUUUAAUAUAGAGAAUAGUAAAUUUGGAUCGCUAGUGGUGACUAUUAUGCUGCCGGUAAUCCAAGCCCCUGAUUUUUUGGGAACAACAAUUAACAUGUAAACUAUUAUUAGCCGCUCCAAAAUGACUUAAAGAUAGUGUCUGUUAACAGCUAGUGUACUGACUACAUUUCUAUUUUUGUUCAAUGAACGGAGCAUUUGAGUCGGGAAGAUAAGUUAGUGUGAUAAGCAUGCUAUGUAUUUUGUGUUCAUUUAGACCUCAUGGCAUAUUAGAAGACUUCUCGUCUGAACUGGUUUUAAGACGUGAGUUGGAGCCUCUAUGAUAGAUAUUAUUCUACAAGGCAACUUAAUCAUGUUUCAUUAGUAUAGAAUCAAACUUUCUUUUUUAUUCUGUUUCUGGAAUAAUCUUCCAAAUGGAUUCAAUUUUCGACAAUACUGGUGGGAUUUUUAACGAAUAAUAACAUUUUCCAAUAUGUGAUUUUUUUAUAGUUCAUAUGCUUGUAUGCUUGUUACAACUAUUGAGUUUUGAGUUUUUUAAAUCACGAUAUUGUUUAUUAAUAAUAAUAGACUAUAGCCUCCAAUGCUAAUGGUUUGUCAAUAAUAUCUGGUGAACGCUGUUUCAGUGAAUUGAAGAAAAUUCUACUAUACCCUUCAACUCCAUUCCUUUUACGUCGGAUGGCAGAUGCUGGGCUAUUUGUUCACUUAGGUCUUCCUGAAAACCCUAACUUUAAAGAAUUAGAUAAAAUCUGGAAUAGAGGUAUACUUUCUUCUGCACCAAACCCGAUUACUUGUUUAGCUGCAAUCAUGACAUCGCCUGUUGAAGUAAGUUCAGUCAUUUUUGAAACAAAGAAACAAUUUCAUUUGUUAUCACAAUUCAAUUCGUUCAAACUUUGGGCUAAAAUUCAUUACAAUUUCGAUUCAAAGCCGCUCUGUUACAACAUCUAAAAUUAAUGGUCGAAAGUAUAGUUGGAAUCCAUCCUAAAAUCUCUAGGAUUUUGCCAACUUGCAUCAUCUGUAGUGUAGGUGAGGUGUCGAUCUCUCAAGCAAAGCGGCGGUAUACUACUCAGUGGUUUACUCUGCUCUAUUUCAUUGCUGUAAAACACAGUCUUUGAUGGUAAAAGGUAUGCUUAAACUUCAGGUUUUUUAUUUAAAGCAUUUUUCACGUAUCUUGGAUCAAAUUGGUGAACAAUAGCGAGUUCGCACUCAGGGUACAAGAAGGUAAAUCUGUUGGUCAUGCUAGGAAUCUGCAGCGAUCGAGGUAACUAGGAUACGUGUCACACAUUCCUAACCACCAUCUACCUCAAUGGGUAAUGUUAGCUGGAGUAGGAGUAAGUUGGAAGGAAGCUAAUGGCAGUUAAACCAAGAUGCUGCAUCAGUUCAUAAAAAUAUUGACAACUGGACUGAAUCAUGUCGAUAUAUAUGGUUGAGGUUUGUGCGGUUACUGUGACCACAGGUUCAGAGACAUUAAAUGAUGUGGUUUAGAAUCGAUGUCAGUGGUGCAUGUCCAUUCAGUUUUUUUAUUUCCAUAGAUCUUAAGUUUCAAAGUAGUUUUAUAUGUUUCCUUCCACAGAUUUAUUCUUUAAUUAUAUUGUCUGUGCUUAAUGUUUUCUCCUACCACUGAUACUGUUAAUACUUCUACUACUCUGGUGUUUUUUCUUGAUAAUUUUAUCUCGCUGUGGUGAUGAGGUGUGGCAACUUAAACCGAUGUACCACAUGUACUAUAUUCAACGUUACCUAUAAUUGACUAGCUGGCUAACUCAUAACAGCUUUCCUCACCUCUGAGCAAUUUACUUCUCACUUCUAAGGAUUCCAUUGGUUAAUAAAGUAAACCCACCAUCUUAUGUGUAGGUGAAGAGACAUUGUCAUGUAUAUUUUGUUUUUAUUUACUACCUAAUUUAGAGUCAUUUAAUCCUUUUUGUUUUUUAUUUCAUUUUUGUCCCAUUUCACUGUUAUUUGCUUCCAGGUUGAGAACUUAGACAAACGUUUACGUUUAUCUAAUCUAGAUUUAACAAUUCUAUUGUACAUAUUACAUAAACGCGAUUAUUAUUUUAAUUUAUCUAAUGAAAAUGAUAAAAGUGAAAUGAAAUUUUAUCAAAAAGAAUAUUUAUUAUCAUUUGAACCGAAUAAAAUAAAACCAGCUAUAACUGAAUUGUUAAAAUAUUUAGGCAAAGAUAAAUUAUUUAUUGAUGAAUGGUUAUCAUGGCAACCACCAAAGUUUCCAGUCAGUGGUACAUUAAUUAUUGAUCAAUGGGAUAUACCUAAUAAAUUAAUUCGACCAGUUUUAUUUAAACUACGUGAACAGUGGUGUGAAUCAGAUUAUAAAUUAUCAAGCGAUGAAUUAUUAACUGAAAGUAAUAAACAAUUUAUAUUGGAUCAUUUAAAUAAUCAUUCUGUUGAUUGUAUACCUGAAAGAUUUAUAAUUCAAGCUAAAAAAUCACGAAGAUGACAAUAUUGACUCGUUUAUUUUUUUGUAGUAUGUAUAUGUAUUUACAUAAAUAUAUAUGGAGUAUUAUUGUUGUUACUUAUGAAAGAGAAAGUGUGUGUGUGUGUGUGGGAGAGAGAAAAAGGGAUUAUCAGACUGUGUUCCUGUUAAUUAAAAUACAGAUAAUUUAUUGGGUAUAUUGAAUAUCACUCUGGAAUACAAGUCUAUAUCAUUAGUAAUUCAAAAAAGGAAUGAGCUACUAGAACUACGUUACACGUGGUUAACACAUUUAAUUUAAUUGCAUGUUACGGAGUUCGAGGAGUUUAUCUUAACUGGAAUUAUCUUUUAAGCUGCAAAUUUCUACUGUCUCAAAAGUUCACAUCGCUAUAACUGUAUAAUAAAAGUAAUUCAUUUGAUAUUCAUACAAACUACUUGACGUUAGAUAUUCUCUUCGUAUAAAUUUAUAUAAAUAAAAAUAUUCAAUCAAAUUUUCCAAAAACUAAGUGAGUUAAAUUAAUCUUUUAUCCAUAAGAUAAAACCCGACAGUCAUUGAAAUAUAACUUCUAUUAGUUUAACGGUGAUUAUCAAUUAGUAUUUCUCCAUUGACUUUCGUCUAUCAUUUAGGCAGACUGAAAACUAAAGUCACUAUUUUGUUAUAGCAUAUCAAUACUACAUUUUAUGACAAAUAUUAAAUAGUAUACAACUUAAUAAAAGCUGUCAAUAUAGUCCGAAGUACUCAUGAUAAAUAUUAUUCUUGGGUUCUGUUCCCGCAUGUGGAGUUGUGAAUGCAUACCUCUAAGGGUUUUAAUACUAGGAGAAAACCCCCAUCUAGUGCUAUCAGGUUUUGAAUGGUGUUCUAAAUUAGCUCGGUUCAUGAUUUCAGUUAGUCAGUCUUGACUUAUAACUACUUGUGACGUAUAAUUAUGUUAGUAUGUUUUUUAUCAUGCUACUAUAACUAUUUAAUAUUAAGUAUAAUCUCUGUGGUAUUGUCAUGCAUAUUAAUAAUGUUAAAGGAGGAAGUUAUAAAUUAUAUGUAUAUCUGUAGAGUGAUAUUUUGGCAUGGUUAGGAAUACAUUCCUAUAAGUGAUUUUCAAGUCAUGAAUAUGAUUUCAUUAUGUAAUUUUAUG